ACAUUCAUAAAGCAUUUUUGGCGCAUCCGGGCCUCAUCAUCAUCAACCAAAUCAACCCCCUUCUCAAAUCUCUCUCCAGAAAAUUGUCGAAGACGGCAGAAUCUCCCGCCAUUUCCAACUCCUCUUACACACACUCUCUCUCACUUUCUCUCUCCGCAACACACGUUAACUGUGGAAUGAACCAGUACCAAACACUCAGGUAACAAGCAAAAAAUCAACAACAAUGGAAGCUGAGCAAAGGAAAUCUGCUUUGAGGUCCAAGAGAAAACCCCUUUCCGAUUGCACCAACAUUCUACAAGAUCGACGCAAAAACCCUUCAUCUCCAUCUUCCGCCAAAAUUCCCAAAUUGCAAACCCUAACUAAACCUCCCAGACCAAUUAAUACCGCUGCUAAUGCUGUUAAAACCAAACAGUUCAAUCCUAAUCCCAACCCCAGUCCUUCCACUUGUAGCUCUCCGAAAUCGCAUACUAGUACUGGGUCUAAUAAUUCCCCUGAGCCUCCUGCUCCUCCUACUCCUCUUUCCGAUGCCGGUGGAAUAGAUUGUAGGAAAUCUAGGAUUACAGCUGAUCAGAUUCAAAGACAUGAUGCAACAACAAGGAAGGAUAAGGGAAAGAUGGUUGCAAAUGAUCCUAUCAUCCAGUUAUCUGCAUCUUUGACUUCUGAUUCUCCACAGAUAUCUUCAUCUGCAGUUCCUGGUCAUUGUUCUCGCUCUGUAAUUCAAUCUUUUCCGAGUCAAAAACUGCAUGCACAAACAAUAAAGGAUAAAGGAAAGGCAAUUGUAGAUGAUCCUGUCAAUGAAUUUUCUGUCCCUUGGACAUCAAAGUACUUUCAUUCAUCAUCGUCGAUCUCCUCUGAUGGUUCUCUCUCUGAGACUUCAGCAGCUUAUACUCGAGAGCUGCAUGUAGAAACAAGGAAGGAUAAAGAAAACAUGUUCUUAGAGAAUCCCAACUUUGAGGCAUCUGAACCGUCAACUCCACGUGUGCCCCUUGCACCACUUGCUUCUUCUGGUACUCGUGAGAAACCUGUAACGGUCUAUAAUCUCAGAAGAGCUGGGCAAAGUAGAAAACAUGCCGCUGGAAAUAUCAAUGAGCCUGUUACUUGUCCUCCUGGCCAGAGGAUUAAGAAGAAAGGGUUGGAACUUGAUUAUGACCGAGGUCGUAAAAAUGCAGGAUCGUAUACAGACCCUCUUCCAAUGCAUAAGAAGAAGCGAUCUCGUGAUGAGGCUGUGCAUGUUAUGCCAAAAGAAGAGAUAGAAAAGCUGAGAGCAAUAUAUGCAGAUAUAGAUGCUUUUGAGUUGCCGGAGGAGGUUGCCUCAGAAAGCGAGCUAGAGUAAAAGGAUGUAAGCACUAGAUAAAGCAGGUACUCCAGUUUUUGUAUAGCUGCUGGUGUAAUACGAACGCGUGAGAAACUCAUGACAGUUGGGUGUGUAGUUCAGUGUAAUGUCCUUAGUGUUAAUAUCAAAAGCAUGUCAAUGUAUACAUCAAAUCGUUAACCUUAGAAGAAGUUGAAUGCAAGGUGUGUUAGGUCUGUAAAUUUUUACUGAUACAUGAGUGAGUAGCAAAUUAGAGAGAUAAGGUACUUGUAGUAUAUUUGGUUAUUCAAAAGAAUGGCCCUGAGUUUUUGCUGUGACCAGUAGAUACUCUGGCAAUUACGGAGUGGCAAUUAGUUAACUCUACUGCAUGUUUAAUUUU